GCAAGGACCUUUACAGCAUCCAAGCAAUGCCAUCCACCUUCAAGUUUCCCAAGAACAUCUCCAAGUACGUGGUGGAUUGGGGUGCAAUCGAGGUCGCGGCUUACCCGGUCCAGGACGACAUGAAAAGGUAUGUGGAGGCACUCGCCGCGAGUGCCAAGUUCCGCAUUUCUGGCGAAGCAACGCCGGAAACGAUGCGCAGGUUCUACUACCUGGCAUCUUCAGAUCUGGCGCUCAAGGGAUAUGAUAUGCUUCCCAUGAACGCCCACGGCGUCUCCCAGUUCAACUGCAAUAUUUUCUACGCGCUGGGGCACGAGAUCUGCGGGGGAGAAACGGACGAGUACAACAUCGCCCGGGUAUUAUACAAUACCAAUAAAAGUGCAAAAAAUCUUGCAGCGAUUAUUGUUGGUGGAAAGGCUUGGGGAUCACUGAGGAAAGUUUAUGGCGGAUCCUUUGAGACUGCGCGCGUGGCAACACAAGAAGAUCAGGUCCUCAAGGACAGCAACGCCAAAGCAUUUUGCGUGAGUCGCAACCGCUACAGCUUCAAUUACAUCGCCUUCGAGCAGCUAGCGCAGCCACCCUCCACAGCCGCCAGAAGCCUCAUCAACCAGUACCUCCGAGCAGCAGACAUUCAGCCUGGAGGACGGCAAGUUCUGUUUUGA